UGGAUAGAAAAGGAAGAAGUGGGUGUUCGGGAUGAUAUCCUGCUGAGACCCAGCCAUUCAUUUUUGUCCUCUGUGGGGUACAUUAGUUUUUGGUCUAUAUCUCUGAAACCAUAGAUGGUAUUGUGUUAAAUCUUAUUGGCCCUGACAGAGGACAUCCAGGGCUUUCCAAUGAUAUUACAUGUUUGGGGGUGGGAUCUUGACAAAACACUUUUUUCAUUCUUCAAAAUGGUAGCCAUUGCAGCAAGCACAUUUUAUGGGUAGAAGAAAGGUAAGUUUAUAUUACUGAAAUUAUGAGUUUUGUGAGUUAAAUAUUCUGAUUGAUUCCAGUAAAUAACUAUCUUAGGAAUAGUUUAGGUGAGUUUUCUGAGCAGUGUAUUUAUUUUUUCCACAUGAAAAAUGUCUUGUUUGUGUAUAUACUCCAUAGAGGACAUCCGGCCUUGCUAACUUUUUUUCCACCUUUUUAUCACAAUGUGACAGGAGCCAGCUCACUGACUGAGGCAGAGAAAAUUCUUUACAAAAUCAUUGAUGGAGAUUCAGACAUAGACUUGUCAGAUAGACAGGUAGAGAGUGCAGAGGAGUCGUCGUCGACUGAGGAAGAGGACGACAAAGUAACGGAGGCGAGGACUCGUUGUCCGCUAUGGGCCAGAACUAACACGUUGUCAGGAUAGGCCUGGAGCUCCCCUCCUCCUGCCACCAGAGGGAGCUCUCCCCUCACUUCACCCCAGCACUCACCUGGAGCUUCCCUCACCUGUUUUCAUUUAUCCCAUCAGUCCCUCAUUAUUUAACCUGCCCUCGUUCCACUCCUCACUGUGUUUCCUCACUUCUUGAUCAGCACCCAGAACCACCCUGUACCCAAGUCUUGUCUCAAUAAAUGUUGCACGUGGAUCCGAACGCCUCAGCUGCUUGUGUAACACACGUAGGCUUCUGAGAUAUUUUGUUUUAGAUGGAUUGAUGUUUUCAAUAGGAAAUAUUUUAAGGUAAGCAAACAGCUGAAAUACUUUAAUUACAGAAAUUAACUGUAUUUCUUUGUCCAUCUCCUAAGAUUCAUGCCUGUGUUGGAAGACACCAGAGAUGCCAUAGGCAGUACUGCUUCAAAUCGUGUGGACUGGCCGCCAUCAAAAUAUCUCGAUCAGUACAUCAACAACAAAGUUUUUGAGGAAAUGUCUUUUCAUACAAAUCAGAGAUAUCUUCAGCUGAGAAGCUCCACUCUAAACACAACACCUGGGGAGGUUAAAACCUUCUUUGGAGUAUCAGUGUACAUGGCAUGUCUUGGCUAUCCACAAUUCAAAAUGUACUGGGCCACAAAAACAAGAGUGCCAAUAGUUGCUGAGUCCAUAACAAGGGAUCGUUUUUUCAAGAUCAGAUGUUCUCUCAAAGUCACCAAUGAUCUUGAAAUAACAGAAGAAGAGAAGAAGCAAAACCUGCUUUGGAGAGUCAGCCCGCUUCUGAAGAAGGUGCAACAAGGAUGCCUAAACCUCCCCAGGCCAGCAAAAGUUUGCGUUGAUGAACAAAUGGUUCCCUUCACCGGUCGAUGUCCAGUCCGUCAAUUUGUUCCUGGGAAGCCAAAUCCAACUGGAUUAAAGGUGUUUGUUCUUGCAACUCCAACUGGAAUUGUGUUGGAUUUUGAAGUCUACCAAGGAAAGAACACCUUCAUUGGCAGAGACACAGGACUUGGAAUAGGAGCAAAUGCAGUGCUUCACUUGACUGAGUCCAUUCCCAGGGGAACUUACAUGUACUUUGACAGGUACUUCACCUCAAUCAAACUGUUGGAUAAAUUGCUGGAAAAGGGCUUGCCUGCAACUGGAACUCUGAUGAAAAAUAGAGUCCCAAAGGAAUGCAAAAUUCCAUCUGAUAAAGAUCUACUGAAAAAAGGGAGAGGAUCCUCCGUAAUGGUGAUAAGGAAGCCUGCUGAGCUGGCUGUGACAAAAUGGACUGACAAUAAACCCGUACUCAUGGCAUCCACAGUGCAUGGAAUAGAACUACAGGAUACCUGCACCAGAUGGUCACAGAAAGACAAAAGGCAUCUUCAAGUGCAAAGACCUGCAGUGGUGGCAGAGUAUAGAAUCAACAUGGGAGGUGUUGAUAUGUGUGACAGAAUGCUCAGCUUUUACAGAAUGUCCAAUCACACUAAGAAGUGGACUGUUCGCACAAUCCUACACUUCUUUGAUCUGGCCAUCACCAACUCCUGGUUACAGUACAAGGAAGACAGCCAGGCUUUGGCACGACCCAUGAAGAAAACUCUUCAAUACCAUGAGUUCAAACUGCUCUUGGGUGAGGAACUGAUUGCCCAGGCGCAGUCCGGCCAAAGUGAUCCAAUUGAGGCAGAUGUGUCCAGUGAUGAGUUCUGCGCUCCAUCAGACAAAAGAAGGAGGCCCCAGCCAGACAAGAGAGUGAGAAAGUAUGGAGCCAUCCAUUUGCCACAGAUGAUGAAUGACCUCAAUGCCUCCAGGUGCAGAGCAGAAGGAUGCACUGGAAAAACAUUCAUCAAGUGCAUCAAGUGCAAUAUGUAUCUUUGCAUCUCAAAAAAGAAGAACUGCUUCAUGGAGUACCACAAACCAGAAACGACCCAUAACUAACACACCAAGUGGACAUUUCGGCCAUUUUGCCUACCAUGUGACAUUAUCUUGGUCAAGUGUCAUUUCUUUCAGGAGGAAAAGAGUUUACACUAAAAUUUAAGUUCAGACGGGUUCAAGUUUAAAUGUACAGUCCUAAAUGUCAGAGUGUAAAUGUAAAUGUAAAAAUAAAUAAAUAAAUAAAUGUGUUCAUAUGUUAAUAUUUUCCAUAAACGUCCGGAUGUCCUCUCCAAAGGAUAUGCUAUAAAAAAAAAAAAAAAA